CUCGAAUUUCCAACGACGAACAACUCAAGUUACUCGACAAGACUUCAUUCUUGAGAAUCUUAUUAUGGAAACAUAAUAAUGAGUGGAUUGGAAGCUGUGCAAAGACGGAAGAACGGAUAUCAAUGAUGUAG